UCGAAGCCCGUCCUCCCUAGCGGUUUGUCCCUCCGGCCGAGCCGUAGCGCCUCUCCCCCCUUCCCCUCCCUCCGUCAUGGAAGGAGCCGCGGCCUCCUCCGAGGGCCUGCGCCACGCCGAGUACAUUCGGGUCCCUACGGGCGCCGGCGGGGGCCGAGCCGAGCGGGACCGGGGGCUGGCCAGAACUAUGAUAGCAGUUGGACUUGGUGUUGCAACUGUUGCAUUUGCGGGUCGCUAUGCUUUCCACCUUUGGAAACCAUUGGAGCAGGCAAUUACAGAGACAGCAAAAAGGAUUUCAGCUUCUAGUCUUUCAUUGUACUAUAAAGGAGGGUUUGAACAGAAAAUGAGUAGGCGAGAAGCUAGUCUUAUUUUAGGUGUAAGUCCAUCUGCUGACAAGGCCAAAAUCAGAACAGCCCACAGAAGAAUCAUGAUUUUGAAUCAUCCUGAUAAAGGUGGAUCACCUUACUUAGCAACAAAAAUAAAUGAAGCAAAAGACUUGUUGGAAUCCACUGCCAGAAACUGAAAUCCAGAUCCAUGGAUCAUGAGAGAUUCAUCAGAUACUUUGUGCCACAGUUUUCAUAUCUACUUGCUCUGGACAGUUCCUUUAACACUGUACUGAAUGCUCCUAUUUAUUGUCAUAAUUGAAAGUUUAAAAUUAUUUAAAAGCAAACUGAGAUCUUUUACAGUUAUGUAGAAUUAUGUACAGUUAUGCUUCUGUAAGGAGCCAGGGAGUUGGACUCAAUGAUCCUUACGGGUCCCUUCUAACUUGAGAUAUUCUAUGAUUCUAUGUAUCAAUUGUUUAUUUUUACUGAAUUAUGAUGCAUUACAAGCUUUGAAAAUGUUCUCCUACUGUUUGUGUUUCACUUCAGAAUUAGUUGCUUCUUUCAUUAAACUUUUGGAGCUUUUUAAAAUUUAAAAAAUAGUUUUAAAUACAGUGGGUUUUCUUCAUUGAAGACUUGACCGUUGGCAGAAAAUCUGUGACAGUCUGUUGAGUCACAGGGAGUAUGGCAGACCCUGCAUGGCAAGUUUUCAGCAUUGUCUUAUACUUGAAUCUGUUCAUUUGUGAAGUAGAAGGGUUUAUUUGUGAGUGCAGUUCGAGAGCUUCAACUCAGAACAGAAUGACUAAUGGGAUUACAGACUCCAGUUUUCAUUAAGUGUACCUAUGGGGCUUGGAGAAAUGAAGGAAUAGUCUUAGGGUUUUUUUUGCAUAUUCAAAAAAAAAAAUCUCUUAAAUUGUCAAAUAAUUAUUUGGGCACAGUUUGACUUCAAGUCAGAGUGCGUUUACUCUGUAGCAGCUGGGAUGACACAGAGGUUUCCGUGGCAGUGGAACUGAAGAAGGCAGGUCCAUGUGGCAUGGAGUUCAGGUGGAUUUUAUAGCCUGCGGUUGUCUAGAAGAGUCCAGUCAUGUCAGGCUGGCGCAGGACUGAUAUAGCAGGGAACAAACAGGACUGCACCCGAUAGUACUUUGCUUAUGGCUCUGAGUGGACUUAAUGGGUUAGUUCUCCAGUAAUUCUCACACCUCUGCAUUGUGUUCCCUUUCCUGAGGUAUCAUACACACCUCCUCACAUAGCACCCUAGCAGCCUAGUGCUGGCUUUGGGGAAUAUUGAAGGCAUGGAUCUCUGAGUUUAAAGAGAACACAUUUUAAUUGACAGCUGAGGGUAGAUGUUAUUUGGGGCACUUGGCUGCUACAGAUUCCUACCAGUAAUUUGGCUGCAGAGAGGAUGAUGAUGAGAUGAGACAGUCUAGUGGAUUCAUUGCAAGACUGAAAAACUUUCUUAUAUCUAAACUCGUAUCAUUUGAGGUACAACAAACGACUCGCUGAAGCGCUACAAAUAUAAAAUUUAGAUAUCCCGUUUCCUAGGUUAUUUAGCUAGAGGAAAGUGGCUAAGAGCAGUUAAAUAAGUAAAGCAUCCAACCUCAUAUUAUCUACCAGAAUGUACAUGUCUGUUCAUCCAGUGGUGGACGUCCAAAUUACAUGGAUUUUUCCUUGAAAGGAAGAAAGAAUAUUUUUUUACUGUUUUUUUAUCAGGUUCUUCCUACUUUGUUACAAUUCCCUUACUUUCAUUAAAGAUAGAUGAAAACAUUUAAGUUGAUCCUGACCCUGAAAGAAAAUACUAAAUUUAGGUAAUUUAGAGUCUUCUUGACAAUUAGAGUGGCAGGACAUAUGACACAACUGGACUGGAUAAAGCAAAAAAAGGCUACGGGGAAAAACCUGCCUGGGAGCAGGCAUACUCUGUACAAGUACUACACUUCUGACGUUUAAUGAAUGCUCUAAUACAAGAAACAUUUAAUUAAAAAUAAUGCACUUUAUUCCUAUGCAGUAGCCUUAACUUUUUUGUUAAAGGAGUAGCCACCAGUUAAUGUACAUUUAAAGUUAGUUAUUUCUUUCACUGGUAUAUCACUAUGUAUUAGCAAAAACAAUAAAAAAUAAAAAAUCAUGAAGAUUUUCGUUUAGGGAGGAAAGAAGUGAGAUGAUGGGGUUGUUCCUAAUUUUCUGAAGUGGAAUCUGUUAGUGAUCUGAGUCAUUGUUCAAAAGCAAAGUUGAUGUGUAUGGUAGAUAGCAAAAACAUUCUCGCUAAUGAUUUUGAACUGACUAGCUGUUGUUUUGAUAUGAUUGAUUUUUUUUCUCUGAGUAAAAUGAGGUGUAAAGAGCUAAAGUAUCUGUUGGAAGAAGUGCAUUAAAGAUGGCUACUUCCUCUGUUCUUAAAGAUUAACUCCCCAUGUCUUUAUAGGAAGUACAGGUUUUAUUUUUGUGAGAGAUUUUUGUUGAUAAUUUUCUUCCUGAUCUAAUUAUUUAUAUCCAGUUAUUUUGGAUGAAACACUUUUUUUUCGACUUUCACUUAUGAGAGAGGUUGUCCUUGAUAAAAAGAAAUAAAACCAAGUUCUAGUUCUUUUUUCUCCCUCUUUUCAGAGCAGACUACUGACCAAUUAACAAAUCUGACAAAUUAACAAAUUAAAAAAUUCAACUUUGGCUAGUUUUAUCUCUGGAAAAUGCUGUAAAAUGAGUGAAACUAAUAAAUAGUGGUUGUGGAAGCAUCA